ACAAAUAACAUUUCUUAAAAAAAGCCUAACACAUUGAUUAACAAUGCGACGACGUUUUUAGCAAUAAUCUGCGCGAGGGUUUCGGAAAUGGUGAGCGCAAAUGCCACAAAGCACAACCUUCUUCUCGUCGAGCUUCCUUUUCUGGUUUCUACAUUGGAAAGAAACGAGGGCAAGAACAAAUGAAAAUUUUUGACAAUGACGUCAUUGACGCUUCGGGUUCGGCUGGUGCGUUUCGGUGCACGCGCUCCCAAGCUGCUCCAGAUUGGAGCGUCAUCGAGUCGCUCAUUCUGGUGAAUGAGGUCGCGGCUGUGGAAGCUGACUGCUCCGUUGCGCUCUCCUCCUACCAGCAGUGGAACAUCAUCGCCCAGAACUGUGCAUCUUUGGAUGUGCAGCGCAACCUUGCACAGUGCCGCCGCAAGUGGCAUGCGUUGCUCUCUGAUUACGACCGCUUCAAGGGAACCGCCGCAGCUGGAGGCAAGUUGCCACCAAAUUUCGAUUACGAAUUGUUUGAGGCCGUCCAACGCGUUGUGAGGGCGCGUGAGGAGCGGGGCAUGGCUGAUCCUGAGAGCGAUACUGAAGCAGGGAACGAUGCGCGUGACGCCACCGUGGAAAUCGGGUCCAAAAGAAAAGGGCAACGAAGUAAGUUCAGACACCGCGUUCAAAAGCCCAAACUUGAACAAAGGCACGAGGACAGCCAUGAAGAAGAGCACGAGGAUGACUAUUCAGAAGACGAAUAUUUGAAAGACUUCCUAGAAUCAAGACCUAAGUUGAAAUGUACUAGAGAAAAGCCUCCAAAGCAUUUAGCAAUAUCACCAAAGAGCCUUCCCAAAGUAGAGCUUCAUGAAAACCAUUCUGAAAGUCCAAAGCCAAUCAGUGUAGAAAAGAUAGCAGUUAGCAGGGAAGAAAAUCAGGAAACAUUGACUCUGAAAUUGCAAGACUUGGCAGUGGAGAUUGAAGCAAUUGCUACUAAAUCAGCAACAGACUAUAAGGGAGGUGACUCUAAGAAUGUAGAGGAUUCCUGCACUGACUUCACAAGAGGCCAAGGGGACAAACUCAUAACAAGCCUUGGAGAUUUCUCCAACACCCUCAAGCAACUAUGUGAUAUUCUCCAAGAGUGUAAAUGAGCAUUACAAUGUUCUUCUACAACUAUUUUCUGUCCUUGUUAGUGAAAAAAUGAAUCAGGCAUAGGAAAGAAUGCUGCUGCUUUAUGCUAAUGUAGUUGUCUUCACUCAUUGCUGAUGCGAAAGCAAAAUAUUACAGCUUAACAAGAA